AUGCCUACUGAUCGUGAUGAUACCACGUCCGGUUCCGGGGUCUUAGAGAACUUUAAACUCCGUGCAAGUGUCGCCCGACCCAACUUCUUCGAUAUGCAUAUGGCACAAGAUGGGACUGUGCUAUUUGAGGAUUCUUUUCCAAAGCUAAUUAUUGACGACCGUACACUUACGACCGGAUUAGCCCUCUGGGUCGAGUUUGCUAAUAAUGGCGCCCCAGAGCGAGUUUACCGUGCUCAAAUGGUUAUGGAGGAGUUUCCCGAGCAUUUCCGGCAGAUUCGAAGGAAUUCGGAUCCAUUAUAUGACGUUAUGCUAUACAUGGAAGACGACGAGAAAUGUCAGGCCCCGGAGGGAAUAUUGGAAAAUGAGCCUGUUGACUUUAACCGUCCAUUCGCGGAGGUGUAUGUUGAACAUACUGUACGCAGCCGAGAGUGGGUGUGCAAACAACUCGAUCGGUAUGCGCCCGGAUAUCGGGAAGCGGAGCAGGAAGGCAAUGGCCUGGCAGUGGGUUAUGAUUUGCAAAGGCUAUUGAUCAAUGAUGGGGGCCCUCUCGAGAUAGUAGAAGAGUGA